AGUGUUUUUUUUUUCUUUCUUGCCGUGGUGACACACUGCUAGUCUGCAGAGAGACAUAGGGAGCUAUGAAGGAGACAAGUGAAAGCAAGAAGACGAGGCCCAGCCGAUCUUUUCAUUGAUCUUGAGGCGAUCAAGGGAAGCCGCACCGAAGAGGACACACUUAGACAGAUUCGAGGAUGGAUCCUGGCAUAUCAAACCUGGGAUUUUAACAUCUGGACUUGACAUCUUCUCGCUUUGCAGAGUUUGGAUCCAACUGACCAAUCAGACAGUGAAAAACUGAUCUGAGAUAGGAGAGAUGUACAAAUUAUGGAUUAUUAAUUGUUAGAAAACUGCAUUCAUGCGGGAUCGGGUUUACAGCUGGGAAAUGUCAUGUGAACAAUACUCCAAGUUGGAUUAACUGUUUAGAAAACUUGGGAAAAGAUUUUCUUCAGGAGUGACAUCAUGAACUCUGACCGGGACAUCCCAUUGGCUUGUCUGGCCAAGACAUGCUGACCAGAAACUCAUAGUUUACACUAAAAUGGAAUUAGAAGUUUCUCUUUUUUAAAAGUUUUUCUUCCUUCCACCUUUGCCUUUUGAGAAAACAUCAGAUCAAAACAAAGGUCAUCCAGCUCAGACUGAACGUGGAGCCUCUGAGGGGCACAUAAAUGCAUCUUUAGCAUUUACUGGCAGGUUGGAAGCCUGGUUUCAGCCAUCUAAACACUGAGGUGUGGACAAGAGUGCGAGCGAGGCGGUUGGCUGGCUGAGUCAGCUCCAAUGGGGGCCGGUUGUGACCCGGUCUGACCCCGGUUUGACCUUGCAGUGACCUCUGAUCUCUCCGGUCCUGGCUCUCCACCUGCUCUGCUGCCUGGGUUCCGGAACGCUCCGCCCUGGGGCCCAGAACGAGCCAAUCAGAAUGAAGAAGAGCCGCAGCGUGCUGUCUGUGACGGGAGAAGAGAGUAAUGACAUAGAUAUAACAGGUGCUGGGGAGAAGGCGGAGUCAUCUCGCUACAGCCGGUCUUAUACAUCUGGGGCCACACUAGGGGCUGAACUACGCAGAGGGAGGAGCAGAAGACUCUCGUCUAGUCUUCAGGUGCCCUGCUGGCUCCGCCCUCGAGACCGCACUCGUUCACCAGAGGUGCUGAACAACGUGUCGCGUCCAACAACUCUUCCCCUCCGCAUCCCGCCGCGCAUCUCCAUCACACAACCAGACACUGACAGUUACGAAGCAGAAAAUGGCGUGUCACCAGGUCACACCCCGCUGGGUUCGCAGAGUCCAGGCCUCACCAUACACACCUCCUUUCCCCAGGGCCAGAGAAGAGAGUCCUUCCUCUACCGUUCUGACUCGGACUACGACAUGUCGCCCAAGACGGUCUCGCGUAAUUCCUCCCUUGCCAGCGAAGGGCACACAGGAGAGGACUUUAUUGUCACACCUUUUGCUCAAGUACUGGCCAGUCUGCGAUCAGUACGGAGCAACUUCACCAUUCUUGCCAACGUCUCCACACCAACAGUCAAUCUGCAGUUUCCGGUAGGUCUAACUAAUUGUGGGGUCCUCAGGAGGUCUCCUCUGGGUGGAGUUUGCGUCAGUCCCAGGGCGUCACUGUCAGACCAGCAGUACCAGCAGCUUGCCCUGGAAACACUGGAGGAGCUGGACUGGUGCUUGGACCAGUUGGAGACCAUUCAGACACAUCGCUCUGUCAGCGAAAUGGCCUCCAACAAGUUUAAGAGGAUGCUGAACAGAGAGCUGUCCCACCUCUCAGAGAUGAGUCGUUCUGGUAACCAGGUGUCUGAAUACAUUUCCAGCACCUUCAUGGACAAGCAGAAUGAGGUGGAAAUCCCGUCUCCCACUCUGAAAGACAAAUCUAUGAGUCACAUCAGUGGAGUAAGGAAACUGUCUCACAGCUCCAGCCUCUCCAGCGCUUCAAUGCCUCGCUUUGGUGUUAACACAGACCACGAGGAUGAGCUUGCCAAGGAGUUGGAGGAUCUGGACAAGUGGAGUUUUAACAUAUUCAGAGUAGCAGAAUUCUCCAACAACAGACCCCUCAGCUGCAUCAUGUACACCAUCUUCCAGGAGCGAGAGCUGUUGAAAACAUUUCGUAUCCCAGUCGACACCUUUGUCACUUACGUGAUGACCCUGGAGGACCAUUACCAUGGAAACGUAGCGUACCACAACAGCCUCCAUGCUGCAGAUGUCACCCAGUCCACACACGUCCUCCUCUCCACACCUGCUCUUGAUGCUGUCUUUACUGACCUGGAGAUCCUCGCCGCCCUGUUUGCUGCAGCGAUCCAUGAUGUAGACCACCCCGGCGUUUCCAAUCAGUUCCUCAUCAACACCAACUCGGAGCUGGCCCUCAUGUAUAAUGAUGAGUCAGUUUUGGAGAACCACCACCUCGCUGUGGGCUUCAAGCUUCUGCACCAGGAAAACUGUGACAUCUUCCAGAACCUCACCAAGCGACAGCGCCAGAGCCUUCGCAAGCUCGUCAUCGAUAUGGUGUUGGCCACAGACAUGUCCAAACACAUGACCCUACUGGCUGACCUGAAGACCAUGGUGGAGACCAAGAAGGUGACGAGCUCUGGCGUGCUGCUCCUGGACCACUAUACAGAACGGAUACAGGUGCUGAGGAACAUGGUGCACUGUGCAGACCUGAGCAACCCCACCAAGGCGUUGCCGUUAUACAGACAGUGGACGGAGAGGAUCAUGGAGGAGUUCUUUCGACAGGGUGACAAGGAGCGAGAGAGGGGGAUAGAGAUCAGCGCCAUGUGCGACAAACACACUGCUUCUGUGGAGAAGAGUCAGGUUGGCUUCAUCGACUACAUUGUCCACCCGCUAUGGGAGACGUGGGCUGACCUGGUGCACCCGGACGCCCAGGAGCUGCUGGACACACUAGAGGAGAACAGGGAGUGGUACCUGAACACCAUGCCCCAGUCUCCCUCACCUCCCCCGGACAGACACCUGCAGCAUGACCGCUUCCAGUUCGAACUCACCCUAGAGGACCUGGAGCACAACAACCACAACCACAUACACCUGAGCAACAGCAGCCAGACAGCCAUCUGUGAUGACAGCAUCGAAGACCAAAUGCAGGACGGCCGGGCGGAGCUGAAAGGCGAGGAACAGAACUAUGAAGAAAAUGAGAAAGAAGACGACGAGAAUCACAACAGCGAACACAACGGAGUCGGAGAUGAAGAGGAGGAGGAGACUACAGAAAGAGAGGGAGAAGAUGAAGAGGAGGAGCAUGGAGAGGACCAAGUAGAAGAAGAAGGAGGAGGAUGUCAGACAGAUGAAACAGAAAGAGGAGAGGAAGUGAAUGAUGCAACGGAGGAUGAGGAGACUAAAGAACAGGAGGAAGAGAAUGAGCAAAAUCAGGAUGUUGAACAAGGGCAGGAAGAGGGUAAUGAGGAAGGGGAAAAUGAUGAAGAGGAAGGCGAGGAAGGUGCAGAAAAUGAGGGCGGAGAAGGUGAGGAAAUGUUGGAAAGUGAAGAAGUAGAAGGGGAUUUAGAGGGAGAAAAAGAAGGUGAGGGGGGAGAGGAAAUGGAAAAUGAGGAGGGCGAAGUGGAGGAAACUGUGGAAAAAGAGGAGGAGGGAGAGAUGGAGGAGAAGGAAGAGGAGGAGGCAGCAGAGGAUGAGGAAAAUGUAGAACAAGAGGAGGGCAAGCAAGAGGAGGAGGAGGAUAAAGUUGAGGAGGAGGAGGUAGAAGAAGCAGAAGAUGUCAAAGAGGAGAAAGGAGAGCUGGAAGAAGAGGAAGAGGAGGAAGUGCCAACUGAGGAUGAAACUGGAAAGGAGGAAGAAGAAGAAGAAGUGGAAGAGGAAAGUUAGUUGGGUGUAAAAACACAACUAACAGAGUUAGCGAGGAAUGGUUAAGAAGUAACUGCUUCCUCAUGGAAGAGGAUAUAGAGUUGAAGAUGCCCUUCUUUCCUCUGACCACUUAAUCAUGUGACCCUCUCAGCUGAAGGCCAGUGUAUGCUCAACUACAGAUGUCUAAAACCUCAGAGAGAAACAUUUAAGACGGACAGUACAGCACCGGACCCAAACCUACGCCUUCCCGAACAGCCAGAUUGUUGCAACGUCUUGAUCAACUGGUAGUAUCACCGAAUAUCUGUACAUCCAUCACUGCCGUAGGGAAUAAACUGGGGAUAAUAAAAGGGGGGGGGGACCCUUUGUACUCCUGAAAAUCUAAAAGAAACCUGAAAUACGUACAUGCAAAUAAGUGCUACCCAUUAUCUCUCUGUCACUGUCUCGUUUAUGAGGAAGAUACCACACACACACACACACACACACACACACCGACCAACAACUGUUAAAAGAAUGUCAACUUCCUCCGUUCUGUCAGAAAAGAGAAAAAAAUAAUGCAAAAAGUCUGGAAAGUGUAGUUUGUCGUCUUUUAUUUACUACAAAACUUUCCACCUCUGAACAGGACGCCGAGUAGACCUUUGGGCUCUGGUCUAGGAACAGUUUAACCUCCUCACAUACUAACCUUAAAGCAACAAUGCUGGCUCGCUGAAAGCACUUCUGAAUAAUAUCUGGACUGUUUUGUCAAGGUGCAGACAUUUGCAGUCCAGCUCAAAAGGCUGACCUGUGUGUAACAUGUCGAUGUCGGUUCAUGUUUGAAAAUAAACCACACCCAGUAUUCAUCCCAUCACGACUGUUUCACCACUCCCAGACUGUGAGUGUGAUUCCCGGGUGAUUUUGUGCCAAAGUGUCCCACGACCAGCACUGAGCAAUUCAGCCUUCCUCCACACAAGGUGGCUACUCGUCCGUGAAGCAAUGAACUGUGGGACCAGGGUAACGGGUGUGAUGGUCUUCCACAAGUCCCAUUUUUAGUUUUGUUUUUGUAAAAAUGGUAUUUGGCACUUUAUCUAACACCCCUGUUACAUAUAUGUACAUAAUAAACAUGUAUUUUAAUCUGCUGAUG